GAUAUGUAGCAGGAAGCACAGCAGCAAAGCACUCACCCCCACCCGGCCAUCUAGAUCUCUAGAUCGAUCUCUGAGAAGAACAAGCAAGCAAGAUGAUGCACGAUAGCUUGGACGCUUCAAGGAUCGUAGGGUAUUUCAAGGGCAAGAGCAUCCUCAUCACAGGCUCAACUGGAUUUCUUGGAAAGCUUGUUGUGGAGAAGAUACUCCGGGUGCAGCCUGAUGCCAACAAGAUGUACCUGCUGGUACGAGGGACGGACGCAGCUUCUGCACAGCAGAGAGUCCAGCAAGAGGUGAUUGACACCGAGCUGUUCGGCCUGCUGAGGGAGAAGCACAGCGACGGGUUCCAGCAGUUGAUCCAAGAGAAAGUUGUUGCUCUGGCCGGAGACAUCAUCUACGAGAACCUCGGGCUGGAGGCUCCCAUGCUCAAGGAAUUAGCCAAGGAGAUCGACGCCAUUGUCAACAUUGCGGCAACCACAAACUUCUAUGAAAGAUACGAUGUUUCCUUGGAUGUGAACGUGAUGGGGGUGAAGCACCUCUGCCACUUCGCCAAGCAGUGUCCCAGGCUCAAGAUGUUCAUGCACGUCUCCACUGCUUUUGUAUGCGGCGACAGGGAGGGCCUCAUCCUGGAGAAGCCCAUCCAGCCCGGCGAGUCGCUGCGCGAGGGUACGUACCUGGACAUCGACGCCGAGCUGCGCCUGGUCGGAGAAGCCAAGAAGGAGCUCAAGACGAUGAUGAACAAGGACGACAAGAAGACGGAGGAGAGGAAGGCGAUGAAGGAGCUGGGCCUGCAGCGGGCCCGUCACUUCGGCUGGUCCAACACCUACGUGUUCACCAAGGCCAUGGGGGAGAUGCUGCUGGGCCAGCUCCGUGGCGACAUGCCCGUGGUGAUCAUGCGGCCCAGCAUCAUCACGAGUGUCCGGGCCGACCCAGCGCGCGGGUGGAUGCAGGGCACCCGCACCAUCGACACGCUCAUCAUCGGCUACGCCGAGCAGAACCUCUCCUGCUUCCUCGCCGACCUCGACCUCGUCAUGGACGUCAUCCCGGGGGACAUGGUGGUGAACGCCAUGAUGGCGGCGAUGGUGGCGCACUCGUCGGAGGAGAAGGGCGCGCAGGCGGUGCCGGUGUACCACGCCACCUCGUCGCUGCGCAACCCGGUCACCUACUCCGUGCUGUACGAGUCCGGCCGCCGCCAUUUCUACGAGAACCCGCGCGUGGGGAAGAACGGGGAGAUCAUCCCCACCAGGGAGAUGCGCUUCUUCACCACCAUCGCACGGUUCCACCUCUACAUGAUGCUCACCUUCAAGCUGCCAUUAGAGAUCCUGCACCUGGUGAAUCUGCUGCUCUGCGGCUUCUUCUCGCGGCUCUACAACGACCUCAACCGCAAGUACAAGUUCGUGAUGCAUCUUGUUGACGUCUACGGCCCAUUCGCCUUCUUCAAAGGAUGCUUCGAUGACAUGAACUUGGAGCGGCUGAGGCUCAUGAUGGCGAUGAAGACCCCUGAAGAUCAAAUGUUCAAUUUCGACCCCAAGACCAUCGACUGGGACGAUUACUUCACCAGAAUCCACAUACCUGGUGUGCUCAAGUACUUGUGCAAGUGAAACAUCCUUCUGUUGCUUCUUCGCCAUCUUCAUCAUAUAGAAAAUAAAGCUCUAAUGUAAUGUGACAAAAACACCAAAAACCGUUCGUUACAUGCUAGAGGGACAUUAACUUAAAGUAAUGUGAACCUGGUGGCAUGAGGGUUGCGAAUUAUAUGUGA